GGCCCCAUCCGGGUCCCGGCGCGGCCAUGGCGACGGUGGCGGAGCUCAAAGCAGUUUUAAAGGACACACUGGAAAAAAGAGGCGCUCUUGCAGAAAUCAAAGCGAGGAUCAGAGCUGAAGUGUUCAAUGCACUGGACGACCAAAGCGAGGCACGGCCGCCGCUGUCCCGGGAGAACCUGCUGAUCAAUGAACUGAUCCGCGAAUACCUGGAAUAUAACAGAUACAAAUACACGGCAUCUGUGCUGACUGCAGAAUCCGGCCAGCCUGAGGUGCCCUUGGAUAGACAGUUUCUUGCCAAAGAGCUGAAUGUAGUCGAAGACGCAAGUGGAAAAUCAGUACCUCUGCUGUAUGGAAUUAUCUCUCAUUUCUUACAUGGUGGUAAAGAAGAAAGUACCCGCAAUACCCUUCCAAAAGGGUCUUUGCUGAAUUAUCCAAAGCAGAACCUCAUCAAACCACCUACUGAGAGAAAUCCAAAAGACAGAAUUCCAGAACCAGGAAGGAUGGCUGGCACAAGCAUCGAAGAGCCCCUUGUUUUACAAAGUGUAAAGAGAUGAAAUCUUUCAUUCGCUAAUUUCUCAUGUAAAGAGUUAAUUUAGGACAUUCUUCGUGGCAUAAAUUCCUCCAACAAAUCCAGUGGGACCAUUUCAGCUUGUAACAUCUACCCAUGAGACAAGACGACGACAUCCUACUUACUGUCAAUGAAAAAAAAAAACCAUUAGCAAAGGCUCUCCUUCUCCAGUGCUGGCAGAAGGAAAACUGUAUAGGAGGUCACAUCAAUGAAUCCUGUGUCUAGAAUUUGGCUUGAAAAUACUGGGUUUAUCCAAUAGAUUUUUGUUAAGUAACUUACCAUUUCUGCACUUUCCCUGCUAUGUUAUGUCUCCGUGCGUUUAUCCUGUGUUUCUUAAUAAAAGUUUUCAAUUUUA